UCCCCAUUAUUGGUGUUAUGAACCAGGCUUUUUCAACACGGGAUACCAGUACUAAGAGAUGGCAGAGCAGAUUUAUUUGGGGCAUCUCUUACAAGUCUAUCAAUAUCAACUCCCUUGAAACCUUUGAAACAGAUUCAGCAUCACAUCUGGCAGAGCAAUCGGGUGACUUGGAUGAGACAAGUUCAGCGCAAUCAAAAAAGGUGAAGAUGUCACACCUAGCACAGUCAAACGCAAGUCAGGAAGAACCAGAUACCCGAGCAAAAAUUAUCAGCAGCCCAGGUGAAAAUCCAGAGAUUUUAUCCAAAUUUUCUGCAAAAUUUCAAGUAGUUCAUGCCUGGGGAGCUGGAAACAAAUCUCUCUCCAUAUUGGACAACAUCACGGUGGCCUACUUUAACUCUGGUAGCGCCAUCUAUAGAUGGGACACUUGUUGUGGUCAUGCAAUUCUCCGCACCAUGGGCGGGGCAGUGCUGGACUUCCAUAAAGCGUGGGAGGUGGUCAAGUCCUGCAAGGACACUGGUCACCUAGAAGAUGGCCUUAAAAAGACAGAGUUGACUUACCAUUUUAAGAAUCUGCAGAAGGAAUUAGGGGCAAAACAGUGGGCCAAUGCUGGGGGCAUUUUAGCCUACAGAGACAUAAAAUAUGUUUCAGAUAUUCUUAGAUGUUUGUGUUAAAAUGAUUUGACCAAUGACUGAUUCAGAAUAUCAAGAAGGGAGUAAAUUUUCUCUUUUUAAGUUGCUCUCUCCCUCUUAUGCUUCUUGCCCCCUUCCCCUGUUUAACACACCAACCCUACCUCCAGUAUAAAAAAUUAUCUGUGAUACUAUGCUAAAUUAAUUUUUAUUGUCUAUAUCAUGAUUGUUGUCAUUUUAAGAGAUUUAGAUAAUGAUAAUUGGAGUUGCAGUAUGUUAUUUGUGGAGGGACUGAAGACUUCUA